ACUGCUACUGAUACUACUACUCAUACUGAUAGUAUUACUACUGACACUACUGGUCCAACCCUGAGACAGAACGAGCCGUCAGCGACAAGGAAGGUACUGGUAUCACCUUUCAGUUUGACAGCCAAUCAAAACUCACUUCCUGUUUGUCUUCAGAAGUUGCGACGGGCGAGCCCCUCCCCCCACGGUGGGGACAACCAAUCAGAGGUGGUGGCGCCGGCGCCGGCAGAGUACGGCUCUGAGCCCGGCUCAGGAAGCUCCUCCCCCGCCGCCUCCCACGUAGAGGACGAGGAGGAAGAGGACGAGGGACACGAGGUAGAGGAUGAGGAGGAAGAAGAGGAGGGCAUGGAGGAAGAGGAGGAUGACGAGGAGGAAGAAGGAGAGAAGGAGGACGAGGAGGAGGACGAGGAAGAGGAGUACGAGCGUCGCGGCGAGGGAAACGACUACGACACUCGCAGCGAGGCCGGCGACUCGCGCUCUGCCUCCUCCGUCAGCUUCACCGACGACGGAGAGUCGGUGCACUCAGGCUCCGCCUCCGAAGCCUCAGGUUCAGAGAAGAAACAGGAGAAGCUGUCGUCAUCUGUCCGAGCUGUUCGCAAAGGAAUGGAGAAUCCCACCAGUAAGCUUCGAUACGUCCUGCGAGACGCUCGGUUCUUCCUCAUAAAGAGCAACAACCACGAGAACGUGUCUCUGGCGAAAGCUAAGGGCGUUUGGUCGACGCUGCCGGUGAACGAGAAGAAGCUGAACGCAGCGUUCCGAUCGGCUCGGAGCGUCGUCCUCGUGUUCUCUGUGAGGGAGAGCGGCAAGUUCCAAGGUUUUGCUCGUCUGGCGUCAGAGUCUCAACACGGAGGGUCUCCGAUCCACUGGGUCCUUCCUGCUGGUAUGAACGCUAAGAUGCUGGGAGGAGUCUUCAAGAUCGACUGGCUCUGCAGGUCAACAACAACAUAUAUA